CACCUACUCCGAACCAGGGCCUGAAACAAUGUCCUCCAUAGAGAGAAACAUAAAGGACACUUGAUCGCACAGCCCUUGGAAUUAUUUCCAGGAAAUACUUGCCGAAGCCGUCCGGGAGCUCCCGUCCCCUGGCAGCACCCUAGGGACGGCCAGGAAAUGAGCGCUUCUUUGAAUUACAAGUCUUUCUCCAAAGAGCAGCAGACCAUGGAUAACUUGGAAAAGCAACUGAUCUGCCCUAUCUGUCUAGAGAUGUUCACGAAGCCCGUGGUCAUUCUCCCCUGCCAGCACAACCUGUGCAGGAAAUGUGCCAGUGACAUCUUCCAGGCCUCUAACCCGUACUUACCCACGAGAGGAGGGACCACUGUGGCGUCGGGGGGCCGGUUUCGCUGUCCCUCCUGCAGACACGAGGUGGUGUUGGACAGACACGGGGUUUAUGGACUUCAGAGAAACCUGCUCGUGGAAAACAUCAUCGACAUCUAUAAGCAGGAGUCCAGCAGGCCAGAGAAAAAGUCUGAGCAGCCCAUGUGUGAGGAGCACGAUGAGGAACGCAUCAACAUCUACUGCUUGAACUGCGAGGUGCCCACCUGCUCCCUGUGCAAAGUGUUCGGAGCUCACAAGGACUGCCAGGUGGCUCCCCUCACCCACGUGUUCCAGAGGCAGAAGUCGGAACUCAGUGAUGGCAUCGCUGUGCUUGUGGGAAGCAACGACCGCAUCCAGGGAGUGAUCAGUCAGCUGGAGGACACCUGUAAAACAAUCGAGGAAUGCUGCAGGAAGCAGAAACAGGACCUGUGUGAGAAGUUCGACUACCUGUACGGCAUCCUGGAGGAGAGGAAGACCGAAAUGGCCCAAGCCAUCACCCGAACUCAGGAGGAGAAACUGGCGCACGUCCGAGCCCUGAUCCGGAAGUAUUCUGACCACCUGGAGAAUGUAUCAAAGCUGGUGGAGUCGGGGAUCCAGUUCAUGGACGAGCCGGAAAUGGCCGUGUUUCUGCAGAACGCCAAGACCCUGUUACAAAAGAUUGCGGAGGCGUCGAAGGCGUUUCAGAUGGAGAAAGUGGAACAGGGUUAUGAGAUCAUGAACCACUUCACAGUCAACCUCAAUAGAGAAGAAAAAAUUAUACGUGAAAUUGACUUUUACAGAGAAGAGGAAGAUGAAGAGGACGCAGGAGAAACAGAGGAAGGAGGAGACGGAGAGGAUGCCGCGGAAGCAGAAGAGGUAGACAAUGUUCAAAUCGAGUCAUCGGGGGAAGAGGAGAGCCUGGAAAAAGCCUCGGAGCCCUCUCAGCUUACCUCGGAGCUCCAGGCCCCGACGCCACUUCUUGCUUCCUCUCCAGAACCACCUUCAUCCACGCCAACUGCUGCAGAUGUCCUGGUGACACAGAGGGAGGUGGUGCCCAUUGGCUCUCAGCCGACCACACAAACUGAAACUCCAAGCCCUUCGGCAGCGGAAACCGCGGAUCCCUUGUUUUACCCUAGUUGGUAUAAAGGCCAAAACCGGAAAACCAUCUCCAACCCGCCUUGCACUCCUGGGAGUGAAGGUCUCGGGCAAAUAGGGCCUCCUGGUGCUGAGGAUUCCAGUACGCAGUCGCAGUCGGCAGGAGUGGCAGGAGCCGCAGCCAAUGAGCAGGCAGCAGUGAGUGGUAAGGAAUCUAGUUCGCCUGCCGCUACCUCUCAGGAGUUAGUCAUCUGCCUAGCCCUUCUGGCUUUUCUUAUUCUCCACUACAUCUGGAGUCAGAUUCAGUGCUUGAUUUUUGCUUUCAUGGGUAGGAACUAUUUUCUUUUCCGUUUGCUAACAUCUCCUGUCUUCUCUUCCGUAGUAGUCCUCUUCUUUAGGCCCAGAGAUCCAUUCGGGUUUAGGUCUCUAAAACCGUGUUCACGUCAGGGCCACAAGCUCCCUCCCUACGGUACCUCUGUAGGAGCCCCUGCACCUCUGAAGGAGACCCAGGCUGUUAUCUGUUCCUGCAUGGAGAACCUUGACCCAGAACAGCGACUCCGUGGGCAAUUAUUCAGUAAUCCAGUAGAAGAGGACCCUCCAGGGCCAUUAUGGGAGUCCAGCUGCACUAGGCAUGCUCGGCACUGUAGGGACUCUAUUAUAGUGCAGGGAGACACGGCAAAGAACCCAUUCGGGAGCUAGCAGGAUGUUUGUGGGGUGAGGGUGCAUUUCCUGUUUACCCAGACAGGCCCAGGAAGUAGCUGCUGUCAGGACUGCUGUCCAGGGCGGUCUCUGCUCUAGACUGUGACUAGGUUCUCCUUGUACCCUCCUUCUCUUCAGGGCCUUGCCCUAGAGAAGAGGUCUCUGAGACAAAGAUGCUACAAGUGAAGCAGCCAUUAGACCCAUUGACUAAGAGCCAGGCGUUAAUGUGCACACAGCAACCGUAAGAAUCUAAAACAAAGAAAAGCCACUAUUUUGUUUAACAGCCCCUGCCUUUUGGUUCAAGCUACAUUUCUCAUAGACAAACUAUGAGGUUUGCUUUGGGGCUGGCACCCCACCUUUUGGAUAAUCUUUUGAAAGCUACCUGUUUAGUUAGCAAUGUGUGAAGUGCGUGAACUCACGUGCAUGGAUUUUUGAGUGACGGGCCCUACUAGCCUAAGCGCUUGCUCCCUCUCCCUUAGCCAAAAAGCAGUCCAGGAUCCCUGGUGCUAAAGGCGUCAGUUAUUUCUGGUUCCCUAACCUCCCGUGAUAGGCCUCUUCAUGUCUCCUUAGCCACCGUUUUUCAGAGGCUGUAGGAGCUCCGUGUGUACUAGUCGUGUCUGUAACUGUGUGAGCAGAAGCCCCACCCACCUUCUGCCUAAGAGUCAGAUGGGUUCUCGCACACACUCAAGUAUCCUCAGCAUGCACAGACUCUUUUCGGCUGCCUGACACCUCCUUCCAUGUUAUUUGUGGGAAUGAAGUCAUAGAAGACAGUGGGUUCGGGCACAAAAAUGGGGAGAGAUAAGAACAUGGUUAUUGGAAGCGGGGCCUACCUGUGGAUCUGAAUAAUUGUCUGAAGAGUCCCGUUUACGUUCCAAGAACAUGGGUUUGGAACCUUGUUGCCAUGUAUCCUUACAAUCCCCUCUGAGGCUGUAAGGGGAGGGUCAUGCUUCAUGGCUGUCCUUCACUAAGCUCAUGCCAUUGUCUGCUGACAUUCAUCUGCCUGUGUGGUGAUGUGGGAGUGAGGCAGGGGGUGGCCUUUGAGGCAGUGGGUUGUCACUGGUUGUCGCAAAGCAGGCUUGUCUGUGAGCAAAGGCCUCUUCACAUAGCAAAACUAACCUGUUCAUAGUGGGUAGCACUUCUGAACCCCUGAGAUAGGGUGUGAAUAGAGCAGUAAAGAUCUCACAAUGGCAGCAAAUUCCUGGCCUUGGUACUCAGAGCCCAAGCUGCCAGGUAACUGUCCAGUGUGCAUUUAGCUUGUUGUAAUGUCGGCCUGAACGACCCCUUCCCUUGAACUCCUUGUACGUGAUCCCAGGCCUCUCCCAAUUUACCAACGGUCAUUACUAAAUAGUUCCAGGUCAGGCGGUGGUCACGCGGUGGUAUUGCCAUAGACACUCAAACACCACAAGCUAAAUUGUUCACCUUCAAGCUCACCUUGGCCCCCAUGGCCAAACUGCAAACUCUUUGUCCUCGGGUACUUCCCACGUAUCCUUCGACACAUAAAACCCACCCUUGACCACAGAACACAGGCAGGUCUUGCUUCAUGGAGAAAAAACAAACCAGGCAUCAACUCGGUCUGCACUGGGGAUGAAGAUGCUACUUUCUAAUAGAUCAAAGGUGGAGAGUCACCAUCCUCAUCCUCAUUCCCUACGAAAAGAGUUGUUUUCAAAAUUGGGGUUUACCCCAGUUGUCAGCUUAUCCCUUAGAAGGUGCUAGUUCUCACCCUCUGCAGGAUGAACUUUGAACCUUCUCUUAAUCUUAUUCCUGCCAAAAAAAAAAAAAAACAAACCCUAUGCAGAAACCUACAGUUUGACCAGGCUGCCAGAGGCAGAUGGUCAGAAUGUUCCCGUGUAUGCCACCCUUCUCGAUCAGGUUUAUUAUACGCUUAGCUGAAUUUGGAAAACAUAACAUCUGGUGCUUUUCGGGUAUUUAUUUUAAUUUUUUUUUUUGGAAAAUGUCUAAGACUAUUUUUAGGGAUUUAUGGACUGUGUUUUAGUUCAUAAGUAUUUAUUUAGUUCAUUUAGUAGUUAUUGCUCUCUCAACUCUUCCCCAAUUCUCACACCCCACCCCUUAUCCACCCAGCUCUGUGGAUGUCCCUCUCUCUGUGUUAUAAAUUGUUUAUGACCAAUUUGUUCCCUUCAAAUACCCUUGGAUGUGUGGUCUUCAACUGGAGAGUGGUCAACUUACCGGGGCCUGUACUGUACUCUUAGGGAUCUCUCUCUCUCUCUCUCUCUCUCUCUCUCUCUCUCUCUCUCCUAGCAGCCAUCAUUCCCAACAGCAACAGCUCUACAAUCUGGGGUUUGGGAUUGUGUGCCCAGCUCCUUUGUCCUGGCUGAGAUUUGGUCUGGGUUGGGCUUGCAUGUCGCGCCCGCCUCGCCAGCAAGGAAGAACGCAACGCCAGAACUCUUCUCACAAGCAGUUUUAUUCAGGACCUUUUUCACAGUUCUCUCUUUUCCUUCUCUUCCCCGGGCAAGCCUCUCCCAGCCCUGAUAUAGCCAAGGGCUGCCAAUCCAGGUUCGCCACGUGGGCACUGCCCAUAGGCCCACACUAAUACAAGCAGCUUACGAUCAUUGUAUGAUCGUAGCAUGAGCAGGGAUGAAGCCAAAAAAGGAGUUGUUUGUCUCUGAGAGCAUCUGCUUUCAGGAUCGUGGAAGCCAGAUGCCAGCACCAUUUUCUAGGUGCGGCUCCUGUAUACUCCAUAUGGCUCUCCACACUUGCACAGGUGUUGUGUGUGCCGUCUCAGCCACCAGGAGCUCAGGCCUACAGCUGCCCUGCUGUGUCCAGAAGCAAUGUUUCCUUGUAGUCAUCCCAUGCCUCAGAGGUUUGCAGUCUCUCGGGACCCUCUUCCAUAAAUAUUUAGCUUUUGAGAUUAAGUGUUCAGCAUAUGAACUCUGGGGGCACAUCAGAAUCUCACAACUGCUGUUGGCCAAACAUCUUGUAUAUAGUCAAUUCAUCAUACAUUUAUGCCUUGCUGCAGCCAUUAUGAGGUCUAACAUGCUUCCACUCAUUGCCCUUGUUACACGUUACCUGAAGUUUACUCCUUAGUGUUAGCACGGGGCUGCCCUUAUCUGUGUCCUCUCCAAGUGAGCAUUUUAUUGUGAAUAUGUGUGGUGAUUAAAUCCUGGGGGCACAAGGUCUCCCCAUAUAGGCCUGGCUGGCCAGUCACAGUGAUCUCCUGCCUCCCAAGUGCUGGGUUAAAGGCACGCACCACCACGUCUCUCUCCGCAGUGAGAUUUUCAUAGAGGCGGAAGCGGUAGUAGUGAAAGUUGCCUCGGUUCCUCUGCCUUCCUCCCUUCCCAGUGUCUUUUAAUGGCUCCCGUGGAAGAAUCUAUCCACAUCGCUCAACUGGAGCUGCACAGGGAACAGGAGUUUCUGGGAAGAUGUCUCUGUCUGGGGUGGAUUAGCUCAGCAGCUGCUAACUGAUACUUGAGCUGGACGUAGCAGGUGCUUCAAGGUCAGAGGACCUCCCCUUCCACAACUGCACCUGUGUGCUCGCAUUUCACACACACACACACACACACACACACACACACACACGAGAGAGAGAGAGAGAGAGAGAGAGACAGAGACAGAGAGAGAGAGAGAGAGAGAGAGAGAGAGGCAUGAGUCUAGUACUGUGAAGAAUGUCAACUAUCUCACGAGAAGAUGCAGCUACAGUGACAAGAGAUGAAAGCUUUACCGUGUUAUAACUCUUUGCUAUUCCAAGACUAGACUGCUCACUUUUCCAUUCUCCAAGCCCAAGAACAGAUACUCAAAUCAUGUAGAGAUUCUGCCAAGGCUCCUGGGAAUGGAGACACCAAUGGAAUUAGGGAAAGGACGUUCGUUCUACCUGUGUCUGACUGAGCAUUCUGUUGCUUGGGCCUCCGUUUUUUUCACCAGGAAACUAAGGGGAGUGGAUGAGCUGAUUCAUUUACUUAGACAACUGUAGAGAGCAAGGUCCCUAGUACUGAGAAGUUCAGAGAGUGUUUCAGGAUGUUUUCAUGGCGUGGGGGUGGGGGACAGUUACAGACUUGGGCCUGGCACAAGUUAUUCGGAGUAGCAUAAUAAGACGAGAUGCCCCGUGAACAGACAACCCUUUGCAUUUCUCAAAUUGCAUUUACAGUUGCUACAUCCUCACAAAAGUUCUCGGCUUCCCAUGCUGACUUACACAUUAUCUCCCUGGUAACUAUUUAUAACUCCCUAGUUGCACAGGUGUUCCUCUUCUUUGUGAAACUGUGAAUUCCGUGAAACCCGUGAUGAUUGCACCCUGAAGUCCAUGUGAGGCUUCUUAAACAUCAUGUGUACCGGUAGAUCAAAGGCAAACGCACAUAUCAGAGGCAGUCCUAAUACGGACUGGGUGAAGCUGAAUGGCUUUUACAGUCAGCUUUAUUGAGCUGUACAUACCCUGAAACUCACCCCAUGUGAGUGUACAGUUUAAGGAAUCAUGACAAAUCUGUGUCAUUUUGUAGCUAUCAACAUGGUUAUUUACAAUGUUCCAGACCCCUUCCAAAUUUCCCUGGCCUUUGACAGGCUUGCUUUGAGGUGUAAAUCUAUCUUCAGCUUUUAUUAACUACAGUUUCUCACUUCUCCUUUAUGGUUUCUGCUUUCUGUUAUUCUGUUUAAGAAAUAUUUUCUUAAUUUGAAAUCACGGAGAUUUACACCUGCUUGUUACGACGUUUUUAAAAAAAUAAAAUGUUUUAGCUCUUAAGUUCUAGUGUAAUUUGCUAAGUUUCAUAUGCAAGGUGAGGCAGGAGGGCAUCAUUCCUUGUCUUGGUUUUCGGAUACCUGUCAUUUGUUGCACCGACACAUUUUUCUUUCCUUUGCUGAAGAUUUCCCCUUCCUUCUAGAAACGUAGCUGGCUGCACAUGUGAGGGUUUGUUUCUCGGUUCUGUUCUGCGCCAUUGCUCUGCAUUUUCUCCAUCAGCUGAUUAUAUUAUAGUUUACAAAACCUUCACACGAAUAAGCUCUGCCACCUUUGAUCUAGCUUCAAAAUGAUUUUUUACUAUUUAUUAUUCUUACUAAUCUCUUGAAGAAUUAACUCAGUUUUAUUGGUUUUCUUUAUUUGUGAUCGGUUUUCUAUUUUGCUAUUUCUAUUAUUUGUUGUUUGUCUCCUUUCUUACUCCUUAUCUUUUUUAUUUUUUAUGAUGAAAGCUUGGGUUGUGGAUUUGUUGUCUUUCUUGUUCUUCAAUAUGAAUGUUCCAAGACAUAGAACUCAUUGCUUUCACUGGAUCCCACAACUUUUAGUGUGUUGUCUUUUCUUUUAAUUUUAUUCAAAACAUCUGUUGAUGAACAUGCUGAUUUCCUCACUGAGGCAUGAUUUAUUUAGAUGACGGUUGCGAAAGUAUGAGACAUUGGGGAUUUUUCUCCCAGAGUUUUUUUCUGUAUGACUUCUAAUUUGAUUUUGCUAUGGAAACAGAAUUGUUCUAUAUGCGCUCACCCUUCUAAGUUUAUUAAGUUUACAACCUAGGAUGUGACUCAAGUUGGAGAACAUGAAAGUGUUCUGUGAAAUACAGAAAUUUCCUGUUAUGAUUGACACUUUCUAUAAAUGUCAGUUAUGCCAGUUGAUGAUGAUGUUCUAGUCUGAUCUACUCGUUCUGAUUUUCUGCUACCAGCUCUAUCAAUGACUGAGAAAGGAAUUGGAGAUCACGUAUUAUACUUAAGAAUUUACUUAGACAUUGCAGACCUAUUGGGGGUUUUGCCUCUUCUAUUUUGAAACUUCUUGUAGGUACUUUCAUAUUUAACGUUGUUACGUUUUUUUUUUCUUCAAGAACUUACUCCAAGAUGAAGUGUUUCUUAAUAACAGACUGUAUUCUCUGCUCAUAGCAGAGCAGCCUGCUCUGAGGUGUGUGUAGAUGAUUCUCAUUCGCUUGCAUAGGUCGUGGCUGCUGUGCUUGGUGUAAUCCAUGGGUGGUGGUGCAAGGGAGGAGCCUGGAGGAGGGUGGUGCUGGAUAGCAGCCCUCAGGGAAAACUUCCUGGCCUGGGUCCAGCACACCUAGCUUCCAUUCUUCCCUCAGCCACGCACAGGGCCGAGAGCAGCACGUGCCAGGAGGGUUGAGAGACUUGAGCACGUGAGCUAAACUUUUUGGUCAAACGAUCCAUUUGGCAGGGCUCUGCUUUCAGUUUUGAUCUCAGCUGAUUUAUCAGCUAAUAUCUCUCUCUCUGAACAUUUUCGUGACACCUAUGCCCGAGGUUGUCCCUUAAGUAAUUUUGAGUAAGUACCUAGAAAUGGAAUUGUUAGGUUGUACGGUUGUUGUGUGGCUAACUUCACUAGAAACUGUUAACCUGUUUUUCACAGUCUCUUGGUUUUGUGCUUCCACUAAGAACGGAGGUGCCCCAGCUCCUCUCCUCUCCAUGUUAGCUGAUGAGGCAGUGCAUCAUCCUUUACAUUUUAGCCACUCUAAUGCGUAUGUGUGAUCUUCCUUAUGGUCUAAUUCGUAAUUUCUUGACAAUUAGUUCUGCUAAGCUUCAUUUCAUAUACACACACUGAAGUUUGCCAGAGAACCACAGAGGCUACUGUGUUGUGAGUGGGUGACGUCAAGCACUAGAUGGCCUGUUGGCUGAGAAGGACUGAUCCCCGUGCCCAGAGGAGAUGCAGGGGUCUGUCCUGUACCUGGUUCUUUCUACCUGGCAUGCCAUCGUCUCAGAUGGAGUCUCAGUAGCAGCGUAGGUCCCCAUACCUUAAGGAUCAUCACCCUCAUGGAGGAGGGGGUUAUAUGCAGGUUAAAUUCAGUGACUUAUUAAAGUCAGAAGCAAUGGGAAAGAGUCAGCAAGGAAAUGCAACUCAUAGCUGACUGGCUUAUCAUCCAGAAUCCAAAAAUGUACAUGGUAUAAAGAUGUUCCCAGAAGAAAAAAGUAAUUAAGCUGAUGAAAGAAGAGAGGAGAGGAAAGGGCUUGGAAGGAGGAAGAAAGCAAGAACUGCAAAGGGUAGAAAGCUAAGUAGAGGGCUGUGCCUGCAGCUAGUCCUUAUUUCUUAGGCGCUCAGAGCUGCUCUGUUUCCAGAUCUGCACCCCUAUCGAGUAGCGACCCACCCAACGUUCCCAUUUUCCCAGGCCAGGAUGAGCAACAGGCCGAAGUCCCAAAGCUGUCGGCCAGCACAAAGCUCUGUAUCCCUACCCAAUGCUGCAUGUAAAGAAAUGAAGUCAUUUUUAUACAAUGAUCUUUGAGACUAACCCAUCUGCCGUGGCGUCAUAGGAAACAUCCCUCCAACCGCCACUGGAGGCUGAGGUAAGAAAUGCAGGCAGCAAGAGGGCCUGGAAGCGUCUAUAUUUGAGAUUUGUUUCACAAGGUAUUCAUUACAUUUAAAAAAGAAAGAAAGGAAAGCAAACAUAGACCGGAGACCAAGAACAUGAUUUCCCUUGAGUGUGACUCUAUGUCUUGUGUUCUUUGAAACGAUCUACUUAAUUUUCCAAAGCAAACAGAAGUGAAUGAAAAUUCAGCCAUGUUCCCUACACUUAAUUGAGUGACUCAGGGUAUCAAGUUAUUUUCAAACAGAAGCCCCGACUGAGAUCGAUUGCUGUGUGUUUUACAAGACGCAGGCUUACAUGUCACUGUUCUGUGGGCGUGCUUGUGUUGGAUUUCCCUCUGCAGGAUGGAAAGUGAGACCCGUGGUGCUCAGGAGUGACCUCCGCUUGCUGGGUAGCAUUGCCAGGGUUUAGUCAUCCUAGCAACUGUGGCAUGUGAUGGGGAGAUGCAGACACUUUUAUGUAAAAUCCCUGUAAGGGGGAUUGAGGUUUUCCACAGCAAGCAAGCUUCAGUGAGACCAUUCCAUUAACACUGCUUUUGCAUUGCCGUCUCGUAACGCUGCCACUUCACGUGGUUUUUGUACUUUUUUCCUCCCUUCUGCUGAGAAAGUGACAUUCUAAUAAUUAUCAGUGUGUGUGUUUUACUGAAAGGUCAAAUACACAAACCAAUCCUGAAAUUACAGGUUCUGCUUCACAGGAGCAAAUAGUAAAUGUCACUUUAAUGGAGAAAUAAAAUGGAUACAUCCAUUUAAAAAAAAAAAAGCCAAAUACUAUGUAAACUGUUUGCAGCCAUGUCGUGAGUUCAUUUCCCUAGGUUGUGUGAGUGGGCACUAGGGGGGGCUCUAGGG